AUGUCAAACAGUAACGACCUUGAGGAUCUCAAUGAAGAGGAUUUUGACGAGGAUGAACUCCUUGCUAUGCUUUCACCGGAGGAGCUUAAGGAGCUCCAGAGUGAGAUGGACAUUAUUAUUGCCCCAGAUGAGAGGGUACCGGUGGGACAGAGACAAAAGAACCAGACGGAGAAGGCUCCGACUGGGACGUUCGACCACAGAGCCCUGGUUGGUCACCUCCACUGGGAGAAGGAGUCCAACCGUAUGCUUGAGGAAGAAAGAGUGCCUGUUACUCUGCUGCCCAGUGAGAAAACUUUGAGGGAGGAAACUGAGAAGAAACACGAAGACGUGGCAGAAGAAGAUGUGGAAUAUGAAAUGAUAGAAGAAGUCACUGAGGAAGAAGCUGUUGAUGGUACAGGUGGAGAGGAAAUGAUAGAGAUUAUUGAGGAAAUGAUUGAAGAGGUUGAUGAGAGAGAUGAAAAGGACAAAAGGGUGGAUGUGAAAGACGAGGAAGGGUUGAAGUCCCCUGUGAACACAGACAAACAUGAAAAUACUAACAAACGUGUAGAUUCUCCAGACACCAACACAGACAAAGUACCAGAAAACAAUACAGAUGACAAUCAGCCUUUUUCAGACUCAAAGAGCGAGAGCGUAGCCCCAACACAGAGCACAUCACAAGCUGAAGAGAAAGAGGGAAUUAAAACUACUGACUCUUCGCUUCCCAAAGAGGCCUCAGAGGAGCCAGAGAUAAACGACACCAAUGAUAAGCUCCCGCAGAAAGAAGAGAGAAAAAUCAAUAAAUUAAAUAUUCCAAAGUUGGCAUUCAAUAACAUAAAAAUGACAUCGAGACCCUCGGGGAAUGAGACCAACUUGGAGUCGACACUCGACAAAGUGCGCAACAACAACCCCUCUAUCGCCGAGGUCAAUCUCAACAACAUCGAAAACAUUCCCAAAGAGAUGCUGUUAGACUAUGUCAACGCCUUGAAGAAGAACAAACAUGUGAAAACCUUCAGCAUAGCCAACACCGGUGUUGAUGAAAACAUAGCUUACAACCUGGCCAACAUGUUGCGAGAGAAUCGCGGCAUUACGACGUUGAAUAUCGAGUCCAACUUCGUGACCGGGAAGGGCAUCGUGGCCAUCGUCCGCUGCCUCCAAUUCAACGAGACGCUCACGGAGCUGCGCUUCCACAACCAGAGGCACAUGUUGGGCCACCACUCGGAGAUGGAGAUCUCACGCCUGCUCAAGGCCAACAACACCCUCCUGAAGUUGGGCUACCAUUUUGAGCAACCGGGGCCCAGGAUGGUGGUGACCAACCUUCUGACCAGGAAUCUGGACCGCCAGAGGCAGCUGAGGAAGGAGGAGCAGAGGCAGCAGCAGGCGAAGGAGCAGCGGGAGCUGAUGCAGAUGUACGAGAGCAGUCUAAACCUGCCUCCUGGUUUACUCGAGAUGCUCGGCUACGUACCGCCUCUGGAGCUCCUGCAGGAGUGCGGGCUCGUCCCCCCCUCGUCGGAACCGAGGACCGAACCGCAAGCGAGGACUGUACCGCAAACUCAACAGCAGACAGCAAAGCCGGAGCCUCAGAAGCAGCUCAAACACAAGAGCGCCCCCACGCAGCCCGGGGCCGAACCGGCAACCGCACUGAGGGACGUCCAGCUGAAGAGGACCCCCAAGAAGCGCGACCCUUUUCUGGACCUGGACCCGAGGGAUAACAAGGGACCAGAGAGGGCGAGUUUCCAACUGAGGAAGACUCCCAAAUUGAGGGAUGCAGGCGGUGGAGCGUUGUCAGAUGAAAAAGCAAACCUGAGUGACGUGAUUAAGACUUUAAAGCCCGUCCCUCGCAGGCGAUCGGCGGCUAAGGUGGACGUCACGCCCCGCGAUCAGCUCCUCGGUGAGAUCAAAAACAGCGGCGUGGCCUAUCUGAAAUCUGUGCCGCUCCCUAAAGUCCUGGAAUCAAGUGAAACGAGUCUCCUCUGA